GAUCUGCACCGACCAAGCCCGUGAUCUGGCAUUCCCUGGCCCCACGGCACGCCGGAGAGUACGGAGAGGGGGCCAGAGGUUGAAGAACAACCAAUCCCUCUAGAGUCUAGACUCCUCUCCAGUCUCCGGAGUCCAGACCCCACGACGCCAAAAAGGCAGCCGAGGCAGGCAAGCGAUUCCGAUCCCCCACCUAUAUACCCGCCCACCAGGAGGAAGUCGGAAGUCGGAAGGAGCCAGUCUCCGGAAGGAAGGCGACAAGACGAGAGCAAAUCGAAGCAGGACACGGCUGCUGGCCGCCGCAUUCGAAGAGGAGCAGCGCGAGCGAGUGCGAGAGCGAGGGGAGGGAUGGCGUGCCUGCACGAUCACAGCUGCGAGGAUCACAACUGCGCUGCCGACUGGUCGCUCUACAACCACGUCGACAUCCCCAAGGUGGUGGCCCUGAACGAAUCCGUGCCCGGGAGCGUCAAGGCGGUCUUCAAGCCCUGGGAGCAGCGCCUCGACAACUCGGGGGGUUUUCUGGAGAGUAAUGAGGGUGACCCUGAGCUACUUGUUUUCAUCCCGUUCACAUCGGAUGUUAAGAUCAAGAGCAUUUCUGUUGUUGGUGGCGCUGAUGGAACAAGCCCUUCAAGAAUGAGAGCGUUUAUCAAUAGAGAAGGCAUUGACUUUUCUGAUGCUCAAAACAUGCAGCCUGUGCAGGAAUGGGAGUUAGCAGAGAACCUACAAGGAGCUCUGGAGUACCAAACAAGAUAUUCAAGGUUCCAAGGUGUGGCUAACCUAACUCUGCAUUUUUCUGACAACUUUGGUGGCGAUACAACUAAGAUUUAUUACAUUGGCCUACGUGGCGAAGCCACUCAGAACAAAAGGGAUGUUGUGGCGACAAUUGUGUAUGAAGUCAUGCCCAAUCCUUCGGAUCACAAAACAAAAUCUGAAACUGGAGGAGGUUUCUCGCAUGUCGAGUAGGCGUCGUGCAAGGUGAAGCUGGGCACUGCAUCGUUUGGAGACAAAUAGGAACCUCACUUCCACCAAUAAGAAAAUUCCAGCUAGUCUAGUAGCUUGACUGUUUUUUAGUACAGAACCCUGUACCUGUGGACGCGGUUACUUUCAUGAGAACUCAGUUCCUGUGGACGCUGUAACUUCUUGCUAAUGCUGUCAUCAGAGUUGGUCAAUUGCUCGUA